AUGUCACUGUACACUGAUUCCAUGUCAGCCCAGAUUGGAAUUACCACAAUGUUUGCAAUACUUGUGGCUGCAGAUCUUGUCGGGAAUACUAUUGUAUGCUUGAUUAUAAUUGUCUUUCAUGACAUGAGGUAAGGGCUCUAUUUUGUAAUAUUUCGAUUGCUUGGUUAUCUUAUAUCUUUUAACAGAGCUAAGAUGAAUAAUUUCCACAUUUUCAUAAAUUUUGUUGCUAUAAUAUUCAAAAAUGAAAAGAAAACUGACGAACUUCGAAAUUACCAUUUCAGGAGUGAGUUCCUGUUAAGUAACACCCGAAUCACCUACGCAGCGUUAAGAGUUAGGAAACAAUCAUGCUAUGCCCGAAGAUGCAGUAUUGCGAUUACCAAAUGACAUAACACAACAGGCAAUAUGCACACUACAAGACACAUUACAAACGAUUGUUUCCGUCAGACAAUCCCCCCCCACCCCCCUGUCCAGCUCGAGGGAGAGGUGAAUAGUUUCUUACGCUAAUUGUACCGACCCUGAGGGCAUUAGUUGUUAGUUACAGUUUUUUCCCUUUACUUCGUGCGAAGACGCACUGGCUAAGGCAGGAAUCGCGAGAUUAAAGCAACGUCGUUAAGAUGCUUGUGUUGGUUGUGUAAAAAUAGUUAGUCCUGAUAACCCAGUCUUCCCUUUAUUAAAAGCAGAAUUGUUCACUCAUCUUCAACUUAUUGUACACGUUCAAAUUGAUCACUUACAACCCUACCAUCUAAUACUAAUCGUUUCGCGAAUUUUGUAACCGUAAAAUAUGCCACCGUUAGGAUCCUCAUUAUGUAUUGUUUAUAACUGACCUGUACCUGCAAUUCAGUUCAAAGCUAUAAAAGGUGUUAAUAAACAAGUCAUUCAUUGAUUCAUUCAUUCAUUCUAUCAAUAUUUACCAAUGGAUAGAAAGCAAUUGUUUGUAAGUAAAACCAGUUAGUAAAAGCUUUGAUUAUGUUUUUUGAUAGUGUUUCGGGGAUUUUGUUAAGUGAGAUCAGUUCGGAUCUAAUUUUGUUGCAAAUUUAGUAAAAAAACGAAUUCUUUCUGUCACUAAACCGACUUACAAGUCAAAGUUUUUGUCCUUCAGUCUUUUGGCAUUUGUCGGGUACAACUGCUUCAUUUAUCGCUAACUAAAAUUUGGUCUUCCGAAACCGUGGGAAAAAAGAUUCCAUUCACUUUCUCUCUGAUAACAGUGAAUAGAUAGCCGUGGAUAUCCCAAACUCAAAAUCCAGGCUUUCAGAUUGUGUGGGGAUGGCGCCUAAGUGAAAGACACUCGAAAAGGGGGCGGUCAUGUUCGCGAUUUCUAAAUUUCGCGGACCCGAGUAUCUCAGGGCCUGGAACAGGCUAGAACCCAAACAAAACGCUGCAAAUCUUCUUUCCACUGAUUUGAUAAACACUAGACCAUAUAUUGAGACUACAAAAUGUAUGUUCUCUUUAUAAUAGAACGCCAAUGAACUUCUUGCUUCUCAAUUUGGCUGUGGCGGACAUGAUGGUUGCUCUCUUUAUCACGCCACGUUUUAUUCUGAGUCACUUUUUUACGCACCCUGAUGGAAAGACCGGUACUUUGUUCUGUAAGCUGCUGACAGGUGGGAAUUUUACUUUGACGGGCGGGGCUGCUUCUGUGUUCACCUUAGUUGCCAUCGCUUUUGAAAGAUACUAUGCAGUGAUGUAUCCGUAUGGCAAUAAAGGAAAGUUGACCUACAACAAGCUGAUGGUGAUCGAAACUGAAUGUGUAUGAAUGAGAGCGCAUGUCAUGAGUUAACCUAAACUGCUGGAAAAAACUGGCUAUCUUUAUUCUCCUGCGAUGAAAAGGGGAUAAGAAUUCCUCUUCCCCCAGCAGCUUCUUGAACACUGAGGAAGAAGACCCUCACGCCUUGUUAAUGUUACCCCAGGUGGUUUGAUAACUGCAGUUUAAUGAUCUCACGCAAUAGCAAUUACGUCAUAGCUUCACCACCAUUCACAUGCAUGCAACUUUUGGCAAUUUUUCCCGCUUGUACUUGCCCGUUACCAUUUUUUUUUUAAAGUAGCCAUUUUCCGCACAAAACUGUCAUCAAAUUUACCAAAUUCAGCAAGAAACAGGCCCGUGGGGGACUCCGCCUAUGAGAGGGGUGGGGAUGCUGAUCGGAAAUUUUGAAUCAAACCCCUAAAGGAGACCGAUCUGGGCGUGGCCCAAGCUUUUUUGGACCCCUAAAAGAGACCAUGUUAAAACACAGACAAAUGAGAGAAGACUUGGAUUAUAUGGAUGGAGUAAAUAAAACGAAUUAAAAAUACACAUAUAUUCGCGUGCAACCCUAAACGAGACCUUCACGGCUAAAUAUGAUGGCGUUUUGCCCAGAACACCCUAAAUGAGACCAAAAUCCGAAAAUUUACACCCCUAAGCGAAACGACGAGCAUCUCCACCACUUUCAUAUGCGGAGUCCCCCCCCCGGAAACAGGUUUUCUUAUGAAACACGGGUGACGAUUUUCCUGAAAGCGACAAAAUUUUCUCCGUCAGUAUUUACCGCUGUUAAGCCUCCAGCCGUGCGAUUUUCUUUGACGAUCCAUCAGUGAGGAAUCAUGUAACUGGACAAGAGAUGAUAAGACUCGCAAUCGAAUUUAAACCCAUUUCGGGCUUUCACUUUUUUCCCGCUUGUUUUUCUGUUCGCCCGUCCUGACUAACUGACUGCUUUAUGACUAACAUCAUCUCUAACUUAUAUUUCAGAUCAUUAUUCCUACGUCAUGGACUUCAGCAGCAAUUCUCAACGUUCCACUGUUUUUGACAAUCUACUUCGAUAAAGAAGUGAAUUUCUGCAUGGAAUAUUGGCCCAAUGACUGGCUACCCAAGGCCUACAGUUCCACUUGGUUCUUUGUGGCUGGUAUCAUUCCUGUGACACUGAUGACUGCUUUGUAUUCCAGAGUGGUGUAUUCUUUGUGGUUUAAGCAGCGUGAGAAUAAUUCCGAAAACACCAAUCAGGUAGUUUUUGUUAAUGACUGAUAUUAGGUCAUGCAUUUACUGAACAUCGCUGCUCUUUGACUUAAUUUGUCAGUUUCACUUUCGACGUAUUAUAGUGUAUAAUUUUAAUGCUGCUUGAUUAUUCAUCGUUUCAAGGAAAAAAGCCCAUGAGAACCAAACCAUAGCUAUGACACCACAAAAAUCUCAUGAUAAUCAAAUAACUCAUGGAUUUCAGUGACACAACUCUCAGGUAUUAAGUGUCUAAAGUGGUUUUUACGUUCUUUUUAGGGUGUUAUGAAAGUGCGCAAAAGAGUAACCAAGAUGGUUUUGGCAGUUAGUGUUAUCUACGGAUUAUGUUGGAUGCCAAAUCUGACGAUAUAUGCACUGAAUUACUUCAGUCCUUCUCAAAAUUACGGAGACGUCACUUACAUCACUUCCAUUGUUCUUGUCACAUGCAAUUCGACAGUCAAUCCCUUUAUUUAUGUAUUUGUAAACCAGAAGUUCCGAAGGAAGAUUAAGACUCUGCUGGGCUGUAAAAUUACUUGCGGUUACAAGAUUGAACCCGCCGUUAACUCAAGUCAAACUACAAAUGAUCAAACAAAUACCGUCACCAACCCAACCUUGGCAGAAGAAACUUGCGCAGGAGACAAUAACUGGGAAUUAAAAGUUUAA